CGCCGCGGGAGCGCUCGACUCGGCUCGACUCGGCUCGACUCGGCUGGAUUCGGCUGGACUCGGAGAGCAUCCACCGCCCCCACCCAGAGCCGAAAAUGGACCCGAGUGGGGUCAAGGUGCUGGAAACAGCCGAGGACAUCCAGGAGAGGCGGCAGCAGGUCUUAGACCGCUACCAUCGUUUUAAGGAGCUGUCGACCCUCAGGCGCCAGAAGCUUGAGGAUUCCUACCGAUUCCAGUUUUUCCAGCGGGAUGCCGACGAGCUGGAGAAAUGGAUCCAGGAGAAGCUGCAGAUUGCAUCCGAUGAGAAUUACAAAGACCCAACCAACUUGCAGGGAAAGCUUCAGAAGCACCAAGCCUUUGAAGCCGAAGUGCAAGCCAACUCGGGAGCCAUCGUUAAACUGGAUGAGACCGGGAACCUGAUGAUCUCCGAAGGACAUUUUGCAUCCGAGACUAUACGAACCCGCCUAAUGGAGCUGCAUCGCCAAUGGGAGUUACUGCUGGAGAAGAUGCGGGAGAAAGGAAUCAAACUGCUGCAGGCCCAAAAGCUGGUGCAGUACUUAAGAGAGUGCGAAGACGUGAUGGACUGGAUCAAUGACAAGGAAGCGAUCGUCACCUCUGAGGAGCUGGGCCAGGACCUGGAGCACGUGGAAGUUCUGCAGAAGAAAUUUGAAGAGUUUCAGACAGAUAUGGCAGCCCAUGAGGACAGAGUCAAUGAAGUGAACCAGUUCGCUGCCAAACUCAUUCAGGAGCAGCACCCCGAGGAGGAGCUGAUCAAAAGCAAGCAGGACGAAGUGAAUGCGGGCUGGCAACGGCUGAAGGGCUUGGCCCUGCAGAGGCAGGGAAAGCUCUUUGGGGCGGCUGAAGUUCAGCGCUUUAACAGGGAUGUGGAUGAAACCAUCAGCUGGAUUAAGGAGAAGGAGCAGUUGAUGGCCUCCGAUGACUUCGGCCGAGACUUGGCGAGCGUACAGGCCCUGCUGCGGAAGCACGAGGGACUGGAGAGGGAUCUCGCGGCCUUAGAGGAUAAGGUGAAAGCCCUGUGUGCCGAAGCGGACCGCCUGCAGCAGUCCCACCCAAUGAGUGCAUCCCAGAUCCAAGUGAAGCGGGAGGAACUGAUUGCCAACUGGGAACAGAUUCGCACCCUGGCAGCAGAAAGACACGCUCGCCUCAAUGAUUCCUACAGGCUCCAGCGCUUCCUUGCCGACUUCCGCGACCUCACCAGCUGGGUGACUGAGAUGAAAGCACUCAUUAAUGCCGACGAGCUGGCCAAUGAUGUGGCUGGGGCCGAAGCCCUGCUAGACCGGCACCAGGAGCACAAGGGUGAAAUCGAUGCCCACGAAGAUAGCUUUAAAUCCGCCGACGAAUCUGGACAAGCCUUGCUUGCUGCUGGUCAUUAUGCCUCCGAUGAAGUGAGAGAUAAGCUGUCCAUCCUUUCCGAAGAGCGAGCCGCCUUACUGGAACUGUGGGAAUUGCGCCGGCAGCAGUACGAGCAGUGCAUGGACCUGCAGCUCUUUUACAGAGACACCGAGCAGGUGGACAACUGGAUGAGCAAACAAGAGGCAUUUUUGCUAAACGAAGACCUGGGAGACUCCCUGGAUAGUGUGGAAGCUCUUCUGAAGAAGCAUGAGGACUUCGAGAAAUCCCUCAGUGCCCAAGAAGAGAAGAUCACGGCACUGGAUGAAUUUGCAACGAAGCUGAUCCAAAAUAAUCACUAUGCAAUGGAAGAUGUGGCCACCCGCAGAGAUGCGCUUCUGAGCCGACGCAAUGCUUUACACGAUCGGGCCAUGUAUCGGCGCACUCAGCUGGCAGAUUCAUUCCACCUGCAGCAGUUUUUCCGAGACUCCGAUGAGCUCAAGAGCUGGGUCAAUGAAAAGAUGAAAACGGCCACCGAUGAAGCUUACAAGGACCCAUCCAACUUGCAGGGCAAAGUUCAGAAGCAUCAGGCUUUUGAAGCCGAGCUGUCUGCCAAUCAGAGUCGUAUCGAUGCCCUCGAGAAAGCGGGCCAGAAGCUGAUUGACGUCAAUCAUUAUGCCAAAGACGAGGUGGCAGCGCGUAUGAAUGAGGUCAUUAGCCUGUGGAAGAAGUUGCUGGAGGCCACAGAACUGAAGGGCAUAAAACUGCGUGAAGCCAACCAGCAGCAGCAGUUUAAUCGCAAUGUGGAGGACAUUGAGCUGUGGCUAUAUGAGGUGGAAGGGCACCUGGCCUCCGACGACUAUGGCAAAGACCUGACCAAUGUCCAGAACCUCCAGAAGAAGCAUGCUCUGUUGGAAGCAGAUGUGGCCGCUCACCAGGAUCGUAUCGACGGCAUCACUAUCCAGGCCCGGCAGUUCCAGGAAGCCGGCCACUUCGAUGCUGACAACAUCAAAAAGAAGCAGGAGGCCUUGGUGGCUCGCUAUGAAGCUUUGAAGGACCCCAUGGUUGCCCGCAAGCAGAAACUGGCCGACUCCCUGCGCCUGCAGCAGCUCUUCCGGGAUGUGGAGGAUGAGGAAACUUGGAUUCGGGAAAAGGAGCCUAUCGCCGCCUCCACCAACAGAGGCAAAGAUCUGAUCGGCGUCCAGAACCUACUGAAGAAACACCAGGCCCUGCAGGCCGAGAUUGCCGGCCACGAGCCCCGUAUCAAAGCCGUCACCCAGAAGGGCAACGCCAUGGUAGAGGAAGGGCACUUUGCUUCCGAGGACGUGAAGGCCAAACUGAAUGAACUGAACCAGAAGUGGGAGUCGCUGAAGGCCAAGGCAUCCCAGCGCCGGCAGGACUUGGAGGACUCGUUGCAGGCUCAGCAGUACUUCGCCGACGCCAACGAGGCCGAGUCUUGGAUGCGGGAGAAGGAGCCCAUCGUGGGCAGUACCGACUACGGGAAGGAUGAGGACUCUGCGGAGGCUCUUCUGAAGAAGCACGAAGCUUUGAUGUCAGACCUCAGCGCUUAUGGCAGCAGUAUCCAGGCGUUAAGGGAGCAAGCUCAAUCGUGCCGGCAACAAGUCGCUCCCACGGAUGAUGAGACAGGGAAAGAACUGGUCCUGGCUCUGUACGAUUACCAAGAGAAGAGUCCUCGGGAAGUCACGAUGAAAAAGGGAGAUAUCCUUACCCUACUCAACAGCACCAACAAGGACUGGUGGAAGGUGGAAGUGAAUGACCGCCAGGGCUUCGUACCAGCUGCCUACGUGAAAAAAUUGGACCCCGCCCAGUCAGCCUCCCGGGAGAACCUCCUGGAGGAGCAAGGGAGCAUAGCCCUGCGGCAAGAGCAGAUCGACAAUCAGACACUCAUAACUAAGGAGGUUGGCAGUGUCUCUCUGCGUAUGAAACAGGUGGAAGAACUGUACCACUCUCUCUUGGAACUGGGUGAGAAACGCAAAGGGAUGUUGGAGAAGAGCUGCAAGAAGUUCAUGCUCUUCCGAGAAGCCAAUGAGUUGCAGCAGUGGAUCAAUGAGAAGGAAGCGGCUCUGACCAAUGAGGAAGUGGGCACUGACCUGGAGCAGGUUGAGGUGCUUCAGAAGAAGUUUGAUGACUUCCAGAAGGAUCUGAAAGCCAAUGAGUCGCGGCUGAAGGACAUCAACAAGGUGGCUGAGGACCUGGAGUCAGAAGGACUGAUGGCAGAGGAAGUACAGGCCGUUCAGCAACAGGAAGUGUAUGGGAUGAUGCCCAGGGAUGAGACCGAUUCCAAGACCGCCUCCCCUUGGAAGUCUGCUCGUCUGAUGGUUCACACAGUGGCCACCUUUAAUUCCAUCAAGGAGCUGAAUGAGCGCUGGCGAUCACUGCAGCUGCUGGCGGAGGAGAGGAGCCAGCUCCUGGGCAGUGCCCACGAAGUGCAGAGAUUCCACAGGGAUGCUGAUGAAACCAAGGAAUGGAUUGAAGAGAAGAAUCAGGCGCUAAACACAGACAAUUACGGCCACGAUCUGGCCAGCGUCCAGGCCCUGCAACGCAAACAUGAGGGCUUUGAGAGAGACCUGGCUGCUUUAGGUGACAAGGUGAAUUCCCUUGGGGAAACAGCAGAACGCCUGAUACAGUCCCACCCUGAGUCUGCCGAAGAUCUCCAGGAGAAAUGUACCGAGUUGAACCAGGCCUGGAACAGCCUGGGGAAACGGGCUGACCAACGCAAAGCCAAGCUUGGGGAUUCCCACGACCUCCAGCGUUUCCUCAGCGACUUCAGAGACCUCAUGUCUUGGAUCAAUGGAAUCCGGGGGCUGGUAUCCUCCGACGAACUGGCCAAGGAUGUCACCGGAGCGGAAGCCCUGCUGGAGAGGCACCAGGAACAUCGCACGGAAAUAGAUGCCAGGGCAGGCACUUUCCAGGCAUUUGAGCAGUUUGGGCAACAGCUGUUGGCCCGUGGGCACUAUGCCAGCCCAGAGAUCAAGGAGAAAUUGGAUAUCCUAGACCAGGAGCGAGCCGACUUGGAGAAGGCGUGGGUUCAGCGCCGGAUGAUGCUGGAUCAGUGUCUCGAACUACAGCUGUUUCACCGGGAUUGUGAGCAAGCGGAAAACUGGAUGGCUGCCCGGGAGGCUUUCCUGAACACUGAGGAUAAAGGAGACUCCCUGGACAGCGUAGAGGCCCUGAUCAAAAAACACGAAGACUUUGAUAAAGCAAUCAAUGUCCAGGAAGAGAAGAUUGCAGCUCUGCAAUCGUUCGCCGAUCAGCUGAUCUCUGCAGACCACUAUGCCAAGGGAGACAUUUCUAAUCGGCGCAAUGAGGUUCUGGACAGGUGGCGGCGCCUGAAAGCCCAGAUGAUUGAGAAGAGAUCCAAACUGGGAGAAUCCCAAACCCUCCAGCAAUUCAGCAGGGAUGUGGAUGAGAUCGAGGCUUGGAUCAGUGAAAAGCUGCAGACCGCCAGUGAUGAAUCCUACAAAGAUCCCACCAAUAUCCAGCUUUCCAAGCUGUUGAGCAAGCAUCAGAAGCACCAGGCCUUUGAAGCAGAACUGCACGCCAAUGCUGACCGCAUCCGGGGCGUCAUCGACAUGGGCAACUCCCUGAUCGAGCGGGGGGCCUGCGCCGGCAGUGAAGACGCUGUCAAGGCCCGGCUGGCCGCCCUGGCCGACCAGUGGCAGUUCCUUGUGCAGAAGUCGGCCGAGAAGAGCCAGAAGCUAAAAGAAGCCAACAAGCAGCAGAACUUCAACACUGGGAUCAAAGACUUUGACUUCUGGCUCUCAGAGGUGGAAGCCCUGCUGGCAUCCGAAGAUUACGGCAAAGACCUGGCCUCGGUGAACAACUUGCUGAAGAAGCACCAGCUGCUGGAGGCGGACAUUUCAGCCCAUGAGGAUCGCCUUAAGGACCUCAACGGCCAAGCGGACAGCCUGAUGACCAGCAGCGCCUUCGAUACCAGCCAGGUGAAGGAUAAACGGGAUACCAUCAACGGCCGUUUCCAGCGCAUCAAGAGCAUGGCGGCGGCCCGCAGAGCCAAACUCAACGAAUCCCACCGCCUGCACCAGUUCUUCCGGGACAUGGACGACGAGGAGUCCUGGAUCAAGGAGAAGAAACUACUCGUGAGUUCGGAGGACUAUGGUCGAGACCUAACUGGAGUGCAGAAUUUGAGGAAGAAACACAAACGUCUGGAGGCGGAGCUGGCUGCUCAUGAACCCGCCAUCCAGGGUGUGCUGGACACGGGGAAGAAGUUGUCUGACGACAACACCAUCGGCAAAGAGGAGAUCCAGCAGCGCCUGGCUCAGUUUGUGGAGCACUGGAAGGAGCUGAAGCAACUAGCAGCUGCCCGGGGCCAGCGGUUGGAGGAGUCCCUAGAGUAUCAGCAGUUCGUAGCCAACGUGGAAGAGGAGGAAGCUUGGAUCAAUGAGAAGAUGACCCUGGUAGCCAGUGAGGACUACGGAGACACGCUCGCCGCUAUCCAGGGUUUGCUGAAAAAGCAUGAAGCUUUUGAAACUGACUUCACGGUGCAUAAGGACCGGGUGAACGACGUCUGUACCAAUGGGCAAGACCUCAUUAAGAAGAACAAUCACCACGAGGAGAAUAUCUCCGCCAAGAUGAAGGGCCUGAACGGGAAGGUGUCCGACCUGGAGAAAGCGGCGGCCCAGCGGAAGGCCAAGCUGGAUGAGAACUCUGCCUUCCUGCAGUUCAACUGGAAGGCCGAUGUGGUGGAAAGUUGGAUCGGUGAGAAGGAGAACAGCUUGAAGACCGACGACUAUGGACGGGACCUCUCCUCCGUCCAAACGCUCCUCACCAAACAGGAAACCUUUGACGCCGGGCUCCAGGCCUUCCAGCAGGAAGGAAUCGCCAACAUCACUGCUCUCAAAGACCAGCUGCUGGCCGCCAAACACAUCCAGUCCAAAGCCAUCGAGGCCAGGCACGCCUCCCUCAUGAAACGCUGGCACCAACUGCUGGCCAACUCGGCCACCCGAAAGAAGAAGCUCCUGGAGGCCCAGGAGCACUUCCGGAAGGUGGAGGAUCUCUUCCUGACCUUUGCCAAGAAAGCCUCGGCCUUCAACAGCUGGUUUGAGAACGCAGAGGAGGACCUGACGGACCCCGUGCGCUGCAACUCCCUGGAGGAGAUCAAGGCCCUGCGCGAGGCCCACGACGCCUUCCGCUCUUCGCUCAGCUCCGCCCAGGCGGAUUUCAACCAGCUGGCCGAGCUGGACCGCCAGAUCAAGAGCUUCCGGGUGGCCUCCAACCCCUACACGUGGUUCACCAUGGAGGCCCUGGAGGAGACCUGGAGGAACCUGCAAAAGAUCAUCAAGGAAAGGGAGCUGGAGCUGCAGAAGGAACAGAGGAGGCAAGAGGAGAAUGACAAGCUGCGCCAGGAGUUUGCCCAGCACGCCAACGCCUUCCACCAGUGGAUCCAGGAGACCAGAACGUAUCUCCUCGACGGCAUAGCAUAUCGUCGGGUCAUUCGUGUCUAUCAGUAUGAAGUUGGGGAUGAUCUGUCUGGAAGGUCAUGCAUGGUGGAGGAGUCGGGGACCCUGGAAUCCCAGCUGGAAGCCACUAAACGCAAGCACCAGGAGAUCCGGGCCAUGCGGAGCCAGCUGAAGAAGAUUGAGGACCUCGGAGCGGCCAUGGAGGAAGCGCUCAUCCUGGACAACAAAUACACUGAGCACAGCACGGUGGGGCUGGCCCAGCAGUGGGACCAACUGGACCAGCUGGGGAUGAGGAUGCAGCAUAACCUGGAGCAGCAAAUCCAGGCCAGGAACACGACUGGAGUGACGGAGGAGGCCCUGAAGGAGUUCAGCAUGAUGUUUAAGCACUUCGACAAGGACAAGUCUGGCCGGCUGAAUCAUCAGGAGUUCAAGUCCUGCUUGCGCUCCCUGGGUUACGACCUGCCCAUGGUGGAGGAAGGGGAGCCAGAUCCCGAGUUCGAGGCUAUCCUCGACACCGUGGACCCCAACAGGGACGGCCACGUCUCGCUGCAGGAGUACAUGGCCUUCAUGAUCAGCCGAGAGACCGAGAACGUCAAGUCCAGCGAGGAGAUCGAAAGCGCCUUCCGCGCCCUCAGUUCCGAGGGCAAGCCCUACGUGACCAAGGAGGAGUUGUACCAGAAUCUGACCAGGGAGCAAGCAGAUUACUGCAUCUCACACAUGAAGCCCUACAUGGACAGCAAGGGCCGCGAGCUCCCCUCCGCUUUCGACUAUAUAGAAUUCACGCGCUCACUCUUCGUCAACUGAUGCCCAGCCCUUAGCCACCGAUAGCAACGGCCCCGGUGUCGCUCGUCCUCGCCGCCUCUGCAUGUCUGUCCAUCUUUGUGCUCUUAUGGUAAAUUCCAGACAGUGUUACUCUCCACUGUAACCUUAAAAACUGCUUAGCUUGGGUGAAAACUUAGUAGAGAAAAAAAAAAUGGUGCUUCAUACAACGCUACCGCUCCAGUCGGGAUCGCCCUGUCACUAUCAGGGUCCGGAUUCGUGUUAAAUUAUGGGACUUCAACCUGUCUCCCGUGUGUCCUCCGCCCAGCUGCCCGUCUCCGCCUCUGAGCGGGAAACGGACAGCCGGCUUCACAACCCCUGCCCGCCCUUCCCUCCCCGAUUUUUCUGUCUACGCGAAAGAGAAAUAAACGGCUCGAGUCUAA